AUGAAGCUCCUCGCAAGAGCGACGCUGCUCCUAGCAGCAUUCGUCUCAGCCAUCAAAAACCCAAUUCUUCCAGGAUGGAACCCCGACCCAGCCAUCCUCCGCGUACAAGACACCUACUACAUGGCCGUCUCCUCCUUCACCUACUACCCCGGCAUCCCAAUCUACAAGUCCACCGACCUCGCAAAAUGGGACCUCGUCUCCCACGCCCUACAAGACCCCUCCGUUCUCGCCCUCUACGGCGUCUCCGCCGGCGAGGGCGUCUGGGCCCCUUCCUUCUCCCACCACAAUGGCCUCUUCUACAUCACGUCCAUGACACGAUGGGGCUCCGAUCCGGACUCCCGCCCCUGGCCGCGGAUAUGGUACAUCUCCUCCGCGGACCUUGUCACCUGGUCGACUCUAACCUGGGCGGAGCCCUAUGGCAUCGAUCCGGAUCUAUUUCAUGACUCGGCCACGGGGAAGACCUACCUCAACCUCAUGGGGCCUAAUAACAACUAUGACCGUCUAUGGGGCAUAACGCAGUGCGAGAUCGAUCUUGCGACGGGGAAGUGCAUCGGUCGCUACCGCAAUAUCUGGAACGGCACGCUUCCGCAGCUGCCUAGCUCCAGACCGGAAGGUCCCAAGAUGUUCAAACGCGGCGAGUGGUAUUACCUCCUCCUAGCGGAAGGCGGCACGAGUACAGGCCACCGCGCGACGAUAGGUCGCUCAAAUUCACCCCAGGGCCCAUGGGAAUCUUCUCCGACGAACCCACUCAUCUACAAUGGCGCCGAUCCGAAGCUUACGGUGCAAUCGACUGGCCAUGCGACGUUCACUGACACGCCGGACGGGGAAUGGUACGCCUCCCUCUUGGCAAGACGAAACGUGAAGGGCGCGUCGCCGCUCGGUCGCGAGGCGUUCCUGGUCAAAGUUGACUGGGAGGAUGGGUGGCCGACGAUGAAUGGCGGAAAGCCUCUGUUGCUGAGUGAGAUCGUCGAAGGACCGAAUCAGGAGUAUCCCAAGGCAAAGUGGGUUGACGACUUUACGGGGCUCGAGUUGGGCAUCAGCUGGUAUCAGCAGCGGACGCCUUACACGGAGAACUUCCGGCUCAAGGGUGCGACGACGGGUGCGUUCGGGAAGAGAGUGGUUGCCAACGACUCGGGGAUCGUGUUCAAUCCCAAUGUCUUCACGCUUGGAGAUCGGGACACGGCUGCUGCUGUGCUUCGAAAGCAGACGUCGUUGAAUAUGACUUUCUCGGCGAGACUGUCGUCGACGUCAGCUGGGCUGGGGCCGAGACAGUCGGUUGGGAUUGCGUCGUAUCUGAGUGAAGUCAAUCAUCAAGACAUCGGUGUCCGAGGAUGUUGGAAUACGACGGGGCUGUGUUUGUACGUUGACCUGUUGCCGACUUCGACCGGUCCGACAACUCGACCCAAUUCAACCGAAUACCCUCUCGGCGAGUUAACGAUCCCCGCUGAUCUAACACUUCACAUCCGUGCCUCGCCCCUUGAGUACUCUCUGGGCUACUCGCGCGGCAAUGCGACCUCGUCCACAUGGUUGAAGACAUUCAGCUCCAAGCAGAUGGGCUCGAACCCUGGGUACCCCAACUUCGAGGGCUCCAUGUUCGCCCUCUUUGCCAGCGGGAACGGCGAACCUUGGCCAUACGACGCUCCGGAGGUAGGCUUCAACCGCGUCGAGGAGGUAUACUUUGACGAGGGUCUACCGGAUUACGACAAUUGGACGUAG